AUGGGAAUUUGUUGCACCAAAGAUGAUUAUGACCCAGCCUCAAAUUUUGAGAAUGUGGUUGUAGCACAAAUGGCCAAGGAAGCAGCCGAAAAACUUGCUAACCAACCACCCUAUGCAACAGAUCCAUUAUUAAAUAAUCCAGACAAGCUGGAAUUCGAGAACGUUGAUUUUUCAAAUAGUUCUGCUGAAUAUGACAGAGAAGAAUUAGAUGCUUUACUUAAAUCUGAUAGCGAAGACCCGAUUCAAGCUCCUGAAGUUAAAACAACCGAAGCAAAAAUUAAUUAG